GCCAUCAACAACGCACACUUGACGCUCAUGUGCAGAUAAUUCAGCGAUAUCCAAUCUUUGCAUUAUGCCAUUCAAACCUCCCUAUAAACGUCGCAGAAAUGGGUCUGUGGCGACACCUAGGAGCUAUCAAAACAACGCUUCCAGUUCUCACUCAACUGUACGGUUCUCCGGAUCACCAUCAGGUCCAUCACGAAGGCCGCCUUUCUCCCAAACAGCACGCUGGCAAACCCCACAGAGGCCAUCCUCUGAAAGACACCUUGAUGAUGCCAUUUCGAUUGUCAACUCUACACAACCCGAAGACGAUGACGAUUCGGACAAUCUUGACGCCUUGAAUGAGGUUAUCAUGGCGGUGGAUCUCAGGGAGCGCGGCACGGUAGGUUGCUCAUACUACGUCGCGCGUGAAGAGAAGUUAUACUUCAUGGAGGAUAUGAAGCUUGGUGGAGCGGACAUGGUCGACGCACUCAAACUCUAUGUCGACCCUACAGUGAUACUAGUACCAGCCAGGAUUGAUGAAACUGUCCUUGAUAAGCUCGAUCCUGAACAAAGGCGGUAUGGAUCAGUUGACGGUGCAUAUGAUCAGUUCGCUCUCCCGUAUAUAUUAGAAAUGCGACCUUCAUCGGAAUAUUCCUACGAAACUGCGAAAAACAAGCUCGUCAACCUCAGAAAUGCCUCCGAUCAAGGACCGCAGAUUACAUUUACUAUUCCCGGGGAUGUUCACGCAGCAGAUAAUACCGGCACCGAUGAUGAUAACAGUGGCAGACAGGAACAUUUACUAAAGCUUUCCGGUUGGAUCAAUAUUGACAGCAGAAUCACGGUAGGCUGUGCUGGUGCUGUACUUUCAUACCUUCAACGAAGAAGAGCCACUGCAUAUCUUCCCGGCGACCAGGCCGUGUUAGCUAUGUUCCGCGUUUCGGCAAUAGAAAUGUUCACUGUGACGGGAAAUAUGUUUAUAAACAUGGAUACAUUGCUUUCUCUUCAAAUCAUGCAAUCAGAGUGUCACCCACAUUCUCACAAUCAAGGGCCCACAAAAUCAAAUUCUGGGUCCAAAGAAGGUCUUUCUGUUUAUGGGUUGUUCCACCAUCUGGCCCGAACUCCACAAGGCAAGCUUCUCCUCCGGCAGUAUUUUCUCCGCCCGAGUCUCAACCUCGAAGUUAUCACACAGCGUCUUGAUGCUGUGGCCGCCUUCCUUCAGCCGGAAAAUGCUUCAGUAACGACAAGCCUGGUAAAGAACUUGCGGUCCGUCAAAAACAUGCGGCUCGUUACGAUCAACCUUCGCAAAGGCAUCAGUGGAGGUUCAAACACAAGAACAGGCAUCACAAAUGGUGGCGUUUGGAUAAGCCUAAGAAACUUUGCCUACUACGCACUCAAGAUCAAAGAUGACCUACAAGAAUUGAGUCGUACCGAUCAGCUUCCAAUAAGCAGAAAAAUCUUUGAGAAGUUCGAGGGACCCCGCUUGGCCCAAGUGGGAAGAAAGAUCAGUGAAGUGGUUGACUUUGAACAGUCUGCUGAACAGCGCCGCACAGUCGUUCUCAAUGGCGUCGAUGAACAACUGGACAACAUGAAGCGGACAUACGAUGGCAUUGAGCACUUGCUCUCCCAGGUGGCACGUCACAUAGCAGAACAAGUCCCAACGACCAUAAGCGCUGAGCUUAACGUAAUAUUCUUCCCUCAGCUUGGAUUCUUAAUCACAGUCCCUUAUAACACCGAAACUGAAUGCGGUGUAUGGGAAGGCUCGGCCGAUGACCCUUGGGAACGGAUGUUCACAAGUGAGCAAGUCGCUUACUACAAGAAUGAAAAUGUGCGCGAAAUGGAUGAUCAUUUCGGUGACCUCCACGGCCUGAUUUGCGACAGAGAAAUUGAAAUUAUACAUGCCCUCGCGCAGUCAAUACUGGAUUACGAAGAAUUGCUUACCUCGACUUCGGAUAUCUGUGCAGAAUUAGAUGCUUUGCUUGCACUCGCUCAAGGCGCUAAGAUGUACAGAUUUACCAAGCCAAUCGUCAUGACAGAGAAUGUUAUCAAAAUUCAAAAAGGCCGACACCCUCUACAGGAACUCACAGUACCUUCUUAUGUCACCAACGAUACUCACCUGGUUGGGUCCUCUAUCCAGUUCGAGACCGAUGAUUCACGAGAUUGCGAAAUGCCGUCACCUACGUCAAGGCAAGAGACUUUGAAUACCGACAUCGAUCCUAAGGAAGGAUCAAGUAUGUUAAUCAUGACUGGGGCAAACUACUCGGGGAAAAGCGUCUACAUAAAGCAGGUGGCGCUAAUUGUCUAUAUGGCCCAUGUCGGCUGCUUCGUCCCGGCUGAAAGCGCAAGAAUCGGUAUCACGGACAAGAUCCUCACUCGCAUUGCAACGCGUGAAUCUGUCUCGAGGAUCCAAAGUGCUUUCAUGAUUGAUCUUCAACAAGUUUCCCUUGCUCUUAGCCUCGCCACACCACGCAGCCUCCUUCUCCUCGACGAAUUUGGCAAGGGAACAGAAUCGAACGAUGGGGCCGGUCUUGUAUGCGCCGUUUUCGAACACUUACUUAAUCUCGGCGACAGGAGCCCUAAGGUGCUCGGUGUGACGCAUUUCCAUGAGAUAUUUGAGAGCCAUUGUCUCCGAGCUAAAUCGCCCCUUCAGUUUGGUCACAUGGAGGUGCGCGUGGACCCGGCCGCUACAGCGCUCGAGGACCAGCUGACGUACGUUUACAAUCUUCGCGAGGGUCGCAGCACAAGCAGUUUCGGAAGCUGCUGUGCCGCGAUAAAUGGCAUCGGGCCAGAGAUUGUGCAGAGAGCAGAAGAGCUCAUUUUGCUUGCAGCGAGAGGAGAGGACUUGAUUGCGACGUGUACGAUGAUGCCGGACAGCGAGAGGCAAGAAUUAGCAGAAGCCGAGGCGAUUGCCAGACGAUUCCUGGCAGCGGAGGUAGACGGGGCGAAGGAGCCGAGGG